AUGCCUAGAAACACAUUCAUACUUCUCUCCGCGACUCUUUUGUCGGCGUUCCCUUCUCUGGUAUCCUCGGCCUCGUAUACCCUCUCAGACAACUUCGUUGGGGAAGGUUUCCUCUCUGGCUUUACUCACCAGGCAAUCGCGGAUCCGACAAAUGGGCGAGUAACAUAUGUCGACCAGGCUACAGCCCUCGCAGACAAUCUCACCUUCGCGUCGAGUGAUACUUUCAUCAUGCGAACGGAUGAUACCACUGUCCUUUCAGCGUCUGGUCCGGGCCGCAAUAGCGUUCGCAUCAAGAGUAACAAGACGUAUACUACUCACGUUGUGGUAUUUGAUAUUAGGCACAUGCCCCAAGGAUGUGCAACUUGGCCAGCAGCCUGGGAGACACUUGACUCCGACUGGCCGGCGAGUGGUGAAGUCGACGUGUUAGAAGGUGUAAACGAUGAGUCACCAAAUGCCAGCACGUUGCAUACUUCUCCAGGUUGCACGAUGCCGGAUGAUCGUGCCAUGACGGGUACCUCGGUUUCUACGAACUGUGAUACAGCUGUGAACGGAAAUAAAGGGUGCGGUGUUCACAACAACAAGGCAAACAACUAUGGACCGGCAUUCAACACUGCUGGAGGUGGAUGGUAUAUAAUGGAACGCACGGACUCGUUCAUCCAGGUGUUCUUCUGGUCGCGCGAAGACUCGUCUGUACCUAGUGAAAUAUCGAGUGGUGCAUCCUCGAUCAACACUGACACCUAUGGCACUCCGGUCGCGCUCUUCCCUAAUACCAGCUGUGACCUCGCGUCCCACUUCGGGGAGAACAAUAUCAUAAUCAACCUUACUCUCUGUGGUGACUGGGCAGGACAGGACGCGACUUUCCAAGGUGCAGGCUGCUCCGGAACCUGCGUCGACUUCGUCAACAACAACCCAUCGGCUUUUACAGACGCAUUCUGGGAUAUCGCUGCUGUGCGAGUAUACGAGUAG